UGUUUUAGAAUUAUCAGUUAAUUUAAUUUGCGACACCUUGUAUACACUGAUGCCGAAUGAAUAUGUAUGUUUUCUCUGCCUGCGAUAAUCUAUCGAAAUAUAUCGAUUGAUGAAAUUGCGAGACGUAGAAUCGAAGGAUCGGGUACUAAUUUGGUUAUGUUUUGUUGCGAGAUUAAGCGCACACACACACAAGGUUUGUAACAGAGAGAAGUCUUCUCUCACAACAUCCAAAUAAUUUAUAAUGGAGGAAAUGCAAAAGAAGCUUCAGACUGAAGCUGACACAUUAAGACAGAUUCAUAAAGAGUACAACAAAGUGCUGAAUCAAAGGCGACAAUUGGAUGGACAGUUGAACGAGAACAUUAUGGUAAAGGAAGAAUUAGAGCUCCUAAAGGAAGAAAACGACGUGUUCAAACUAAUAGGGCCUGUGCUUGUGAAACAAGAUCUGUACGAAGCUAAACAGAAUGUUGACAAGCGUAUCGAUUAUAUUAAAGCUGAAUUGAACCGAGUGGAUGGGUUGAUGUCUACCUUAGACAAGAAACUGGACACGCAAAAAGAUAUAAUAGACAAAUUACAACGUGCGUUCCAGCAAGCUCAAAUUAAAUCUUCGAUAAACCAACCAAAAUAAUAUCAUACAAAUACCAGCUUUGCAGACUUAUCAGUUGUAUAAUUAAUAUGUAAUGAUAAGCAUUUAAAUAAUAUUGUUAUGUAUUAGCAAAAUCGCUAUAUGAUAGUGGUAUGUUUCUCAUUUUGUUCAUUUGUGCUUCUACAGGACAAUUGUUGAUGCAAGUCUUUUAUAUUAUGAGCGUUUAAUCACAAUUUAUGUAAAUUAAAAAGUAUAUAUAAACUCUGCAUAA